AUGACAGAGGGGGUCAGGAUACGCUACACUAGACUCAACCAAGUAUGCCGGAAGGCUUUACAACAAUCUGUGACAAAAGUUCAAAGCUGGGACAAGCUGGCUUCUUGUUUCCCAACGUACACAGCUACCGAUACAGGAGCCAGAAAUCUCAGUACAUGUCAACAACAAGUGGUGGAAUUCUGGAUGGAGCUGUCCAAAAGAGAAUUUGAUGAGAUCUUCCGAGAAAGAGACAUUGAAAACAAGUUGAAUGACCUGGACGACUUGAUUUCUCGUGCCAAAACGGUUCAAGAAGGCCUUAAAGAACAAAACACUGAUCUGCCAUGUAUCGACGAGUUGACGCCAGAGCAGCUAACGACUGGAAACAUUCAUAACUCACGAGCAAAACUUCUUGAUCAAUUGGAAAAUAGGGUUGCGAGAGUCUCUACUCUGAACAAUAAUAUAGAGCUGGAUCUGCAGAACAUAAAAGCUGGUCUAGAAGAAGAAUAUAAAGAGCUUGGGGAAAUUCUGGAUCGAAACCUGGGCAGCGACCUAGAAAUGUCGGACGAUAUGCUGCAUGAAGGCUUGCGUGACAUGCUUUCAGAGUUACGGGAACACCGAAGCUUAACAUAG